AUGGCUUUCCAAAACGCUCAAGAGCCCACGGAAGAGCCGUGGGGACCAAACAUCACCGAAGAAGAAAUCGACGACGAAGCAGCCAGAGGAGGGGUGGAUCUCGACGCAACUGAAGAAGAAGUUGACGACAACGCAAAUAAAAAAGGAGGCGAAGUAGUCAGACAAUACCUUCGAUCCCCGGUUAAUCCUGUUGUACGCGAACAUCUGCGGCGUACAAUUUAUGGUGCGGAGAAGGAGAACGAGAAGAAGAAGAAGAAGAAGGAGGAGAUGUACUGUCUGAAGGACCUCAAACUUAAAGACUGGCUACAUCAAAACGCCAAUUCAUUUCCUGCCCGUUCCAGCGAGGACACGCUGGCAUUCAUCCGCAAAAAGCUGUCCUUGCCUUCUGAAACGUCCGCCGACGAGAUUGAGUACCGAUUCUACAAGACUCCCUUGCUUUUGCGCGCUGUGCUGCAUCCAGUGGACUGUUAUGCGACUCAGAAGAAACAAUACGACGAGAGUGAUGCGGCAUUAGAGCUUGCGUAUAGCGUGUGGAAAUUCCCCUGGAAAAAGAUGAAGAAUUGGUUCAAUACUGCUGCUCAGUGA